GCUAGAGGGCGAUCGAGAAAUUGCAGUCUUUGCAGACGACUCGGCUGCCAGAGCUCAGCAGGUUUCUUCUUAAAAUCCGGAUAAUUUCAGCUCAAUGGCAGCUUCAAAGCCUGUCCUUCACUCAUACUUCCGCAGUUCCUGUUCAUGGCGUGUAAGGACUGCUCUUGCCUUGAAAGGAAUCGACUAUGAAUACAAAGCUGUGAACCUACUGAAGUCAGAACAGCUUUCUGAUGCCUACCGCACAAUAAAUCCAUUGGGGCAAGUUCCUGCAUUAGAGAUUGAUGGUGUUAUGAUGACGCAGUCACUUCCUAUCAUAGAAUACCUGGAGGAGACCAGACCAACUUGUAGCCUCUUUCCAAGUGACCCAAUUAAAAGAUUCAUGACACGUCAGGUAGCAGAAAUGAUCAAUGCAGGGAUCCAGCCUCUUCAGAAUCUUAGCAUGAUCAAGUUCAUUGGAGCAGACCGAAAGAUGGAACUAGGAAACACAUUUAUCACCAAAGGCUUUGAAGCACUUGAGAAAACCCUUGAGAACACCUCCGGCAAGUACUGCAUUGGGGAUGAAGUCACUGUAGCUGAUCUCUUCCUUGCACCACAGGUCUACAAUGCUUUGAGAUUUAAUGUGAACAUGGCAACUUUUCCAAUCAUCUCAAGGAUCAACGAUGCUCUUGCUGAACUUGAUGCCUUUAAGGUCAGCCAUCCUUCCAAGCAGCCAGAUUGCCCUGAAGAUCUCAGACAAUGAAAGGUCUCUAAAUUCAAAUAGAUAGAAUAUUAAGUUGAGUAAUAUGAGCAAGAUCAGUGUCAAAUGGUCUUGACAGUAUGGAAUUGGCAUGUACCAUAAGACAAAUUCUUGUUGGGUAGUAGGUUCCAAAAGUCAGUUGCACAAAAAAUAGUGAUCCACAAUGCACAAUACCAAUAGAGAAAAUAAACAAUGCCUUUUGAAGAAAAUGUACCAGUAUUCAUUCGAAAGUUUUCUAUCCUACUGUGCCAUUUCAAAUACCUUUCAUAAAUUUUACCAUUUACCGGUAAUUGUAGUAUUUUGCAUGCCGACAUUAUUUUUGCAUUAGUGACCUUUGGGAGCUAGCAUCGCCAAAAAGUAAUGUUCAACAUGUCACCCAACACUAACCAUUGUCUGAUAUAGAAGAAAUGUGAAUGAUAUCAAUGUGAAGUUUCAUUUCAUUGAUGGCAGUAACCCUCUUUAUAAGAAGAAUGAUAUCAAUCCUCUCGGGAACUACUUUCAAUUUCUCUUAAAAUGUUGAAUAUGUACAAAAUCAUGAUCAUGUAUGUAUUCAUAAGAGCAAUACAUUCAUUUUUUUUCUAAUUUUGUUUGAAUUCUUUCAAGAUUAACUACAUACAUACUGGUUGUGAAUGUAUCCCGUUACUCAUAUUUUUUUCAGAAAUGAUUAACUUCUAGUUUUUCAAUAAAAUACAUCUUGCAUAUGAUAUGGUUCACAAAAGAUAUAUCUUGUUUAAGGGUUACGAUAGGUAGGUAUUGCCAAAAUGAGAAAUUCAUUGGAUUGUAGUGUAGGGAGAAUAAAAUGAAAUGCACUGGCGAUAUGAGAAUAGUCAUUUAAUCAGUUACUGACUGAAAAUAAUGUCUUCAUGAUAUGUAGAAAUAUUUUGAUUGUUUACUUGAAUUGUUUCAUCUGUAUUAUAAAAGUUUAUAUUUUCUUUGUUUUCCCUCGGUCAUUGCAUGAUCUUUCAGAUGUAAAUUGUAUCAUUUUUAAUUUCCAUAUGUGGAGAUUUUGUACUGAGUACAUAUUUUUGAAAACCAUAUUUCAGUACAGGAUUAAAUAAUCAUGUAUUUAAACAAAUAUGAUCUCUUUGUGUUUUUUGUAAAAAAAAUGUAAAAAGGAAAUAAAGAGUAGACUUGUUUAUAGUUUGCCCAUAUCUCAAGUUAAGUCCUGUAGCCAUACUUAUUUUAAAACAUAUAAAAAUUUUGUUGUGUGUGUGUGUGUGCAUUCAGAUAAGAGACAAAGUAACAGAAGUGUCUCAUGAAUAGCUUUUAAUUCCCUUUUGAACAGUGAGUACCUACCUGUGGAUAUCACAGAAUGCACUGUGAGUGAACAAAAAUUGUACUCUCAUACUGCAUUCCAAUUUUAUGCAUGCACCCUUCACUGGGAGCAUCCACAGGUAGAGACAAGCUUUUCCGUUCACCUGCUUUUUAUAAUCAGUGAGGUUCAGUGUUUGGAAUCCACUUUCCAUUAAUCAGAAUGUUGAUAUGUCGGGCAAUACUUAAAAAAAAGUCUCUCAGUGGGAUAAAGACUUUAUACCCCCGUCACACUUUUAUUCGGAAUCAGCAGGAAUCGAGCACAACCAGCAAGAAUGAAAAUUUUCAAAAAUCGAGCCACAUUCGGGAAGGAAUUUCGAAUUGAUCUAAAUUUGUAAAAAUGUCGUUCGAUGACUUCAAUGCUCCUCAGUGCUGACUGACGUUGCAGCAACAGCUAGCCAUGUUUUUAUGCAAUUCAAUUCUCCCAUGAAUGCGAUCGGAAUGCCUCGAAUGCUCUUAGAAUGUCGUAAGAAUAUUUAUAAUGCAGUCAGAGAGCAGUCAGAAUGCACUUCGAAUGUUGUUCGAUAUUUCUCCACUUCGAAAGUUUUGAACAUGAGCAAAACAUUCGGGCCGGUCACAAGAAUGGACCCGAAUGUCUGGAAUGCACUCAGAAUUUUUAGAAUGCGCUUCGAAUAUCCAGGAAUGUACCAAGAAUUUUCAUUCCGACGGCAUUCUGGCUCAUUCCGCCUCUAGUGUGACGGGGGUUUUAGACAAAGACUUCAGAUGGCCAGAUGUCUAGUAUGCACUUUCUCAUUCAAAAUCACACAAUUAAAAUCUACUAUAUGUUCUUUUUCUCCCCUUUACUUGUUUUGAUUUGAUAUUUGCUUUUAUUACCCCCUACCCUUAGAAUGGAGAUACAAGAACAUGAAAUGUGAAAGGUAUGUGCUGCAUGUACAGUAUUACAAUAACAUUAACAACUCAGAUUAUGAAAUCACUACACUUGUAUGCCAUUCUUCGUCCAGUAACAAGUCGUAAUAUAAAUAUU